CAUGUUGCCAGUGUGUCGUCGCUAGCACCGUGUCUAGAGAUUACCUUUACGGCGCUUUGCUGUCAGUAUGGAGUAGCCGUGAGCGCGCACGUCACGCCUGUCGUUAGUGUCACACGUUGCGUAGUACCAGGCACUUAGCAGCAGGUUGGCGUCAAUUCGGAGCUUCUACAAUCAGCUGACAUCCCUGACUGUCUAGGAUCCUCAGCAAGGAUGGUUUCCACCCUGGCAGGGAAAGGCCCUGUAUUAGCGUUUGCAACUUUGUUCUCUGUUUGUUGUAGUGGGUUUUAUCUCCCGGGUUUAGCUCCAGUUAGUUUCUGUGAUGAAAGCAACCAUGCGGAGAACUGCAAGUCGAAAAUUGAGCUGUUUGUUAACCGCCUGGAUUCCGUGGAAUCAGUUUUGCCAUACGAAUAUGAUGCGUUUGACUUUUGUAAAGAUGAGAAAGAAAUCCGUCCUUCUGAAAAUCUUGGACAAGUUCUGUUUGGAGAAAGAAUUGAAUCCUCACCAUACAAGUUUACGUUUAAUAAAAAUGAGACCUGCAAGAAAGUUUGUACUAAACAAUAUAAACCCAAAGAUAAUAUCAAUCUCCUGGAAUUCAUAAAGAAAGGAAUAAAACUCAAUUAUCAACAUCACUGGAUCAUAGAUAACAUGCCGGUGACUUGGUGCUAUGAUGUGGAGGAUGGACAAAAAUAUUGCAGUCCUGGAUUUCCUAUAGGUUGUGCAGUUACUUCAGAUGGGAGAGCAAAAGAUGCAUGUGUUAUCAGUACAGAUUUUAACAGAAAAGACACUUGCUACCUCUUCAAUCAUGUUGAUAUUACAAUAACCUAUCAUAGUGGUAAAGGAGAAAAUUGGGAUGGUGCCAGAUUGGUUACUGCAAGACUUGAACCAAAAAGCUACAAACACAGUGAAGAUAAUUUAAAUUGUGGUGGUCCUCCCAUGGAAAUCCCACAGGAACUUAAGAGUAAUCUUGAUGUGAUCUACACCUAUUCUGUGAUAUUCCAAGAAAAUAAUACAAUUAAGUGGGCUUCUCGAUGGGAUUAUAUUCUGGAAUCCAUGCCUCAUACAAAUAUUCAGUGGUUUAGUAUAAUGAAUUCUCUGGUCAUCGUUCUCUUUCUGUCUGGUAUGGUGGCAAUGAUAAUGUUAAGAACUCUUCAUAAGGAUAUUGCAAGAUACAAUCAGAUUGAUUCAUCUGAGGAUGCUCAAGAAGAAUUUGGUUGGAAGCUAGUCCAUGGGGAUAUUUUUCGCCAACCAAAAAAAGGAAUGUUGCUUUCUGUUUUUCUGGGUCAGGGAACCCAAAUUUUCAUUAUGACGUUUAUUACAUUAUGUAAGCUAUGUCUGUUAUUCCUCCUUCCAGUAAACAGGGGGAGCUAUAUGGACAGCUCUGCUGUAGUGUGGGUUCUCAUGGGCAAUGUAAAACCGACACUUGCCCAGAAUUUUCACAAAGCAUUUGGUGGUGAGAAAUGGAAAACCAAUGUAUUAAUGACAGCACUUUUAUGCCCUGGAAUCAUUUUUGCUGAUUUCUUUGUAAUGAAUAUAAUAUUAUGGGCAAAAGGAUCAUCAGCUGCAAUUCCAUUUGGGACGCUAGUAGCUGUGUUGGCUAUGUGGUUUGGUAUUUCAGUGCCCUUGACAUUUGUUGGAGCAUAUUUUGGAUUUAAAGAAAGGCCCAUUGAACAUCCAGUUCGUACAAAUCAAAUUCCACGUCAAAUUCCAGUGCAGUCAUUUUUUACAAAACCAUUCCCAGGCAUCAUCAUGGGGGGCAUACUACCAUUUGGCUGCAUUUUUAUUCAGCUGUUUUUUAUCCUCAACAGUAUUUGGUCUCAUCAAAUGUACUAUAUGUUUGGCUUCCUGUUCCUUGUGUUUAUAAUACUCCUGAUCACGUGUUCAGAGGCUACUAUAUUGCUUUGUUAUUUCCAUCUAUGUGCAGAGGAUUACCACUGGUGGUGGAGGUCAUUUCUUACUAGUGGAUUCACUGCAGUUUAUCUUUUUAUAUAUGCAGUUCAUUAUUUCUACUCUAAGCUUCAAAUCAUAGGAACUGCAAGCACCAUUUUGUACUUUGGAUAUACAAUGAUUAUGGUCUUAAUUUUUUUUCUUUUCACUGGAACCAUUGGAUUUUUUUCCUGCUACUGGUUUGUAAAGAAGAUAUAUAGUGUUGUAAAGGUGGAUUAAGCAAGACUGACUUACUCAACGGCAGCACAUACUUAUUUCUUCGAAAUUGCUUUUGUUUAAAGACAUUGAAAUGCAGCUGGUGUUUGUAUGGUACAAAAAAAGACUUUCUGCAGAGAAGAGCACUUUGAGAAAUCGUGUUUACAACAUACGUCCAAGUUCUCUAUUUCCCCACGUUUUUACGUAUAUUAAAUUACUGCAAAUACACGAAUAUGAACUUCAGAAUGUUCUACAAAGGCUUCAUAUAUUCCAUACCAAAAUUGUUCACCUCCUGAGAUUACAAUCUUGGUUAUUGCUACCAUUUUGAAAUAACAAAAGACAACAUAUAUGUAAGAUCAUUGAUGCUGCAUACAUUGUAUUUAUUUAAUAUUCUUGUGUUAUAAGUCAUCACUGUUUGGUAUAUAACUUUAUGCUGCUUGGAGUAGGAAGAACUCUUCAGAAGUCUUUGGGACUCCUCAUGCCUUCCCAUCCUUAUACCCUCAUCUAGCUUUAGUUUUCAUAUUCCUGUUUUAGGUAUGUUAGCAUGGGAUUUAACUCUGCUAUAUUCUGUCUUUACCAUUUAAAAUUUCCCUAGAAUAUGUUGACAUGGCAUUGAGUGAGUGAGGCACUGGUGGACGUUUCAGUGCUUUCCACUUUUACUGUGCACCUUGUGAGCCUGGCCCUUUUACUUGUUGUGCACCAGGCAGACACAGGCUGUGACCUCUUAGUACAGUUAACUGAUGCUAUAAAGUAUCUGGCCACCCAGUGACCCUCUGUCAGGUCUUGCGAUGCACCCCCCACUGACACAGAAGAGGGUGUCUAGUUUUACCUCCGUUGGCUUAUUGGACUGUGGUUGGAUCAUGCUUUUUGCUUCCUUUAAUGGCCUACCACCAACAGCUUUUUCUUUAUAAAAGCAGUCAAAGAUUGAAUUUGCAUUGUUCUAGUAAUUUUUCUCACACAGUACUUUGUGUUGUUAGUCCCUGUUAUCCCCAUUGGUUUCCAGACAUCCCAGUUCUGUUCCAUACGCACUGUUUGGGCACCUUCCUUUAGAUUAGACCUAAUUAAUGGGAGAAGAGUUUAAUUUUUGUGCAAUUAAAUAAACUACUCUUGCCAUGUCAGUUGAGUUAAUGCUUGGUGGAAUGCUUUUCCACUUAUAGGUAUUUUUAUUCAGAAUUUAGAGGCUGUUGUCUCAACUUUGCAGCAGAAAUGCUGUCUACCACAUAUACUGUGCCUGGCUCAAUACUGUAACAAGGUUGUAGAUUCACAGCAUUAGACAUUUCAUGAGCUUCUUCAGCAACCUCUGGUGUACUCUUAUAUUAGCAGAAUUACUACUCCUUUAUUUAGGUGUGGGUUAUUUACCAGAUUUAUUUUAGUGGAGGAAAUAGUAUAUGCUUUUGUGUUUCUUGUACUUUGAUAUUAGCUUAUUUUCAUCUUAAGUAUACUGCUUAUUUGGAUUGUUACAGAUUUCCCAAAAUGAUAUGGUUUUUGGAAUUGACAUGAGUUGACCACUCCUGACUUUUUCUCCUUCUUAAAGGGACACUCAAUUGUAUUAUUUUGGAUAUAUUGUAGUAGAAAAAGCAUGUAUUGUAUUUAUGAGAGAAUUAAAGCAAAAAAGAAAUAUAAGACUAGAACUCCUGUGGGUGAAUAUAUGUCAUCAGUCGCACCUUGAUGCAGGCCCUUUAUUCUUAUAGUGAAUUGGCCAUAUCUACCACCCCAUGGAAAGUAAACAGAUCAUACUCCCUCACUUUGCUUUAGAUUUUUCACACUGCAUUAUGACAGGUCUUGUAAUGCUACACUUAGCUUGCCCCUCUUAUAGGUUUUAGAUUUGAUAGGAUUUUUUAUUGCAUACAUUAAUUAUUAAAAGUUUCUUUUUUGACUUUUCAUACAGACAAACUGGGUUUUAUGUUUUUGAUCAAUGGCACUGACAACUCUAAAAUAUAUCUCUUUAAUGUAGCUCUGUUAGUCAAAUAUGAUACCACUGACAGAUAUACAAUUGUAAGGCCACUUUACAAGAGAUUUUGUCUUUUACACAGUUGUUAGUCACAGUGAUUUUGUUCACUCCUGCGGAGAAGUUUUCUGCAACCUAACAGUAGUCAGUGUGUUUGGGUUGUGUUUUGAAAUUCUUUCAUUGUCCAUGGAAGGUGGUUUUGAAAGAGAAACAACAUAAAUGUCCAAAAACAUCCUUUUAGAUGGUUUGUUACUGACCAUGUGAGGAUAUUAAGUGAGAUGCACUUUAUGAACAAGCAUCCCUGAAGGUUUUAAUUUAGAUUCAGAUCUGAUCAACUUUUGGUAAUAAAGUAAUAGAAGUUUUUUUCCCCCUCUGAAGAGUAAAUCUAAUGUUGGGGCUAUUUUUUUGUUAGCCACAUUCCAAAAUGUGUUUCUUAGCUUUGUUUCCAUAGGUCAAGGUCAUUAGUUUCUAUGUUUAAAUUCAUGUGCCCCUUUUUUUUUUCUUGUUGUCUGCAUUGUCCCAAUUCUCGUGAUUUGAACAGUAGUUUUUCCCAUCAAAUCUUGUUAUUUUUAUCAACAUUUUGCCAGGUUUCAGUUUGUUUUUGUGAUUGAGGUUUGGUUUAUUAUCACGGUCUGCUACAUAGGUUACUCUGUUUCUCAGCUGGUAGUUGUCAGUCUGAUGACAUUCUUUGUCUUUUUUCAUACUAGGUUUUUCAAGAUCAUGUAGUAGAAAGACACUAACGCAUGCACAAAUUAACCAUUCAGAUCACUCCAGGAAUAAAUUGCUCUUGAUUAUGUUUAUUGCAUCUGCUGUUGCAAAUCAGAGCCAGAUGUAAAUAGCAAGGUCAGACAAGUCUGCACCAUACCUAUAUAUGGUAAUGUAUGUCUAAUCCAGCCAUUUAGAGGAGUAAAAACUAAUUUAGGAAGAGCAGGCACAAUAUACACUGUGAACAUUUUUACUAUAAUAAGUUAAAUUAUGGGUUCAGUUUAAUGUCUUUUUAACCAUUUUAUGUUUAACCUCCCUUUAUAUCUACAUCUAUUUUUUUAGUGAUGACUUAACAAGAUGCUUCUUAUCUGUGUGGGUCAUGUAUGUUAUUUUCCCUGAAACUUUCCUGAGUAAAGUUGUCUUUCUUCUCUCACCAAUUAUGGUUCUCUUGUCUUUAUAUAUAACUAUACCCAACAUGACAGGGAGGACUAUUUAGACUUCUGAGUUUACCUUAUCCAAAUAACAUACAGAUAUAUACCUACCAGUUAUUUAGCCGUGUGUUGACUGAUUUAUUGGUAAGUAUACAUCUUAUUUCAACCAGUUAAUUAUCAAUCCACUACUGUGCCUUUCAGAGACCAAAAUUCAGUAAUUGAUUUAUGAAUAGUAAAUCAUUUUGUCCAUUCAAAUUAUGUUGCAAUGUCUACAGAAAGCUUUUAUACACUUUCUUUUUUAUUUUAAUUUAAAAUUAUUCUACAUUUUUAUCUGGUUUCUUUGUUUUUAUCACUGUAUGUUGCAAGUGUAUGCUGGUUGUGCCGAGUAUAGAAUAUGAAAUGUAUCUUUUUAUGGAUUACUAUGGAAGAUUUAGUCAAGGAGAUCAAUUGCUUUCCUACACUUGGUGUGGCUGGUUCCUCAGACUGUAAGAACAUUAGUACUGGCUUGCAAGUUUUAUAGAAUAAAAUGGGUUGCUUUCUACAGACCAAACGUGGCAUGAAAUUUCAGCAAUGCAAAUGUCUUGUGAAAUAAAAGUCCUCAGUACAGAACCUUAAUUGUGCUAGUAUGGGAUUAAAUUAUACUGCCUUACAACUGUUUAACCUAGCGAUAAUAAAAUUUGUUGCAUUGAUUGUAUAGUA